UCUAACUUGACGGCUACAAGAAGCCAGACGACAACAAGGAGCGCACGAGACAUCGCAGACAGCCUCAUUGUGUUGAAAGAUUGACUGAAGUUCUACCAUGCCUGUGGCCUCAACCAGGACAGAGCCUGUCCCCCAGGUGUUGGACGCUAUGAGUGACACCACUACCAGCUCCACUACGGCCAAUGACCUGGACCUCAUCUACCUCAAAGGCAUCAUGGAGAGCCCUCUGGAGCAAGAGGAGAGCCUCAAGGAGCCGCGUCCUUCGCCAGUGAGGGAGAACAAUGUGGAGCUCCUGCAAGAGAUCCUCAGUGACCUGGACCCCUUCACACACCACUCCGACACCGCAGCUGAGCUCACCCGCAUACUCACACAGCCUCACUUCAAGUCUCUGCUAGAAACUCAUGAUUCAGUGGCGUCCCAGGCAUGCGAUAGCCCGCCCUCUAGCCCAUGUGAUUUUGUGGAUAAUGAGCAGGAGGAUGGCAACAAACAAAAUGUUCCACCAGAUGCAAUCCGCAUGGUGGGCAUACGAAAAGUGGCAGGAGAGAACCUGGGUGUGACAUUUAAAGUAGAGGGUGGUGAGUUGAUCAUAGCCCGCAUCCUCCAUGGAGGAAUGAUAGACCAGCAAGGACUGCUGCACGUGGGAGACAUAAUCAAAGAGGUGAAUGGACGAGAAGUGGGCCGGGAUGCCAGGGUGCUGCAAGAGGAGCUGCAAGCAGCCAGUGUGAGCGUAGUUCUGAAGAUACUGCCCAGCUACCAUGAGCCCAUACUGCCUAGAAAGGUGUUCUUUAAGUGUCACUAUGACUACGACCCGGCCAACGACAACCUGAUUCCCUGUAAGGAAGCAGGCUUAAGGUUUGAGACAGGAGACAUCCUGCAGAUAGUCAACCAGGAUGACGUCAACUGGUGGCAGGGCCGUCAUGUGGAGGGUGGUAGCACGGGGCUGAUACCCAGUCAGAUGCUGGAGGAGAAGAGGAAAGCGUUUGUCAAGAGAGACGUGGAACUGGCGCCAGCAGGUAAUCUUUGUACUGGUGUCGGAGGGAAAAAGAAGAAGAAAAUGAUGUAUGUAACCACCAAAAAUGCAGAGUUCGACAGACACGAGAUAUUGCUUUACGAGGAGGUGGCCAAGGUCCCACCUUUCAAGAGGAAAACUCUGAUUUUGAUUGGUGCCCAGGGUGUGGGGCGGCGGAGACUGAAGAACAAGCUUCUACUGAGGGACCCACUACUCUUUGGCACCACCAUUCCAUACACCUCCAGAAAGCCCAAAAAGGAAGAUUGCGAGAGUCGGAUGUACGCCUUCACCAGCCGCAGCAAGAUGGAGGCCGACAUUAAGAACGGGCGCUAUCUCGAACAUGGAGAGUACGACGGCAGCCUCUAUGGCAUCAAGAUCGACUCCAUACAUGAGGUGGUGGAGGCAGGUCGCGUCUGCAUACUGGACGUCAACCCUCAGUCCCUCAAAGUGCUGAGGACCUCGGAGUUCUUGCCCUACGUGGUGUUCCUUCAGUCUCCAGAGUUUGAGGUGCUCAAGGCGAUGAACCACUCUGCCGCAGAUUCAGGGGUGGUUCCUAAGGCGCUGACGGAUGAAGAGCUGCAGAGGACGUGCGAUGAGAGCACUAAGAUCCAGGCGGCCUGCGGUCACUACUUUGACCUCAGCAUCAUCAACGACAACUUGGAUGAGACCUACCGCACCGUCAAGGUUGCCCUGGAAACAGUUUCUAAAAACCCCCAGUGGGUCCCCGUCACCUGGGUUUUCUAGAUGGAGGGUGUGGAGGGCAGAGUAGGGAACAUAAGGAAGAAAACAGUGGCACUGUAAUCAAUGGAAGUUCUUAUUUAGAUUAAUAACAGAGAUUAAAUCUGACCGUUCAAGUUGUCUUGCUAAAGUAACUGCUUUGUAGGAAAAUAACAGGAUUUUAUUUUUUUCAAAGGGUGUGGAUUAGACGUCCGGUAUUCAUACAGGAUUUUAAUUUUCUGUGUAGGGAGGAUAGAAAAGAGGGAAUAAAAAGAGGUGAAAAAGGAAAGAAAAGAAAGAUGAAAUUGUGAAUGUGUUGAAGAAAUUCACAGAUUUUACCUGAACAGUGUGUGUGUGUGUGUGUGUGUGUGUGUGUGUGUGUGUGUGGAGACUUUUUGUAUGUUUUUAAAUUAUUUGUGCCAUUACUGACAAUGCUCAUCAUUUAUAUUUCAUGAUUGGGGAGAUUAAUCUCAAAGCUAUGGGGGUUAGUAGAAGUUGUUUACUACACCUGAUGCAUUGAUCAUUUUAAACACCCAUCAUGACUUAGAACAGAGACCACAAAGAUAUCUUCAAACUGCUCAUCAGCAGUCCAAAAUCCCAAAGGUCUUCAAUAUACAACAGCAUUAAAUGAAAAAAGUCAGCGAUUUCUAAUAUUUUUUAACCAAAACAUUUUUAUGGCCACUUAUUUGACUAUUCUUUUCUGCCAUAAGCAUUAAUAGCUUCAACGCAGUUGUAAGUUAUCAUAAGAACAACACAUGCAACGCCUCAGUUGCUGUGUAAAGCACGAUGAUGCAGAAGCCACAGAUUUCCUAAUUUUAAAUUAUUUUUUAUUAGAGAAUGUUUUACUGGCCAAAUUAUGUUAACAACAACAAAAACCUCACUGUCCAUCCGUUCUCUGUCCUUUGUGCGAGCAUAGGCCACAUUUCUUAUCCUGUUCUUUAUUUAACCCUUGUGUUGUCUUCACUUCGAAAUUGAAAAUCAACACUUUUGUUGACGCUUAUUGGUGUUUUUAACUUUUUAUGUUGUUUUCCCCUUUUUAAACACUUUUGAUGCUUUUUUUCAAUGUUUUAUCACUUUUUUAACACUAACUUAUUAACUUUAGUUUUACAGUUAUUUUUGGAAUUUAUGGCCAAACCUCAUCUAUAGGAAAUUAUAACUAAUGUAUGAGUUAGAAAAACAGAAAUUAGGAAUUAUUUUGACUAAAAUUAAAGGAAUGUAUGUUGAUGGAUAAUCACAGACUGGAAUAUGUCAAUUACUUAUUCAAUUUACUCAAUAAUAUUGCGAAACCACUUCAAUUUUUUCUCUCCAGAUGCUAUAAAAUUGAAUAAGACACCCCAAAAUAAAUGAAAGUAGAGAUUUGUACUUGCCCAAGAACGUUGUGUGGAGUCAAUCAUGUUAUUUUGGGUAAUUACAAAGAACAGUGAUAUAGGAAAACAGGUCAAUUUGACCCAAGGACAACAUGAGGGUUAACGCAGUCACACAAACACGCAUUCCAUUCUAAGAACACAAACAACUACCCAGGUAAUGAAAAGGCAGAUAGGCCUACAAUACACAUCACUAUCUUAAAGUCAGUUGUCAUAUAGUAGUCAAAGAAAGAAAGAAAAAAAAAACAUCUAGAGUCAUCUCGGGGGGGUCCCAUAGAAAAUUGGUUGUAAGUACUGUAGUGUCAUCACAUGUAACAAGCAGGUCACCGUAGAAGACCUGAUAAUUCAGUGUGAAAGUCCACUCAGGCAGAGGGUUAUCAGUUUUUUUUAACAGAAUACUGGAAGGGCUCAAGGUCUACUGCAUCUUACUUCAAAUGGGUGUCAAUGUUUGGCAUUGUUAGCCAAAAACAACUGUGAACUUAUUGUCCCAUUACUGACUAAGCUAAGCUAACAAACAAGACCAGGAGUUUGGUAACUGACCCUUGUCAAUCUUGUUGGCUCCAACAACUUUAUUUUCCCUUUUUUAUUGAAUCAAAUGGUGUACAACGGUGACCAACAAACAUAGCAUAGGGGAAAUAGAACAGGGUUGAAUCUUAGCAGUUAGCUCACCAGUUUUCAACAAUUACUGAUUCCUAUUUUGUAAAGAUGUGCAAAUUAACCUUGCUGUACCCCUUUGUGUUGUGACUAGGCAGGUAGUGGCAGAUGCACCUUAUCAACCACAUAAUGGUUUAAUAACUUGUUUUAAGGUAUAUCAGAGUGCGUCCCAUGUCACAGAACAACCUGGUCUCACGCCAGUUCGUAAAAUGGUCACGUUAUUUUUGAUUUAUUGAUUUGUGUAAGUCAUGAUUUUCUCGUUUAUUUUGUGUACAUGUCACAAUUUUUGAACGUGAACAUUUCACAAACAGCCAUGAUACUGGGCUGCUCUGGGGCCACCACAUGGAAAAAUUCAGAUACAGUUUUAUAGUUAAUAUAAUUGGAUUACUUAGCUCAGUUUCCUCACAUUUGAGACAGACAUUUGUGUUAAACAACAUGUAAAAUGCAAUUGUUCAAUAUGUUUUAAAAGGUAAAAUAAAAUAUAAAUGUUAAAUCUACAUAUCAAAUCAAAAUCAACAUAUUAACUCUAAAUCUAAACUUAAAUGUUAAAUCUAAACGUUGAAUCUAAAUGUAAAUGUUUAGACAAUAUGGGAAUAGCCUACUCUAUUCUUUGUUCGACCUGCUGAUCCACAGCCGGGGGCGUGGUCUAUUAGCAUAUUUUCUAAACAUUUAGCUUUACAUUAAACAUUUGGAUUUAGAUUGAAUAUUUAUAAUAAACAUUUAGAUUUUUACAUUUAAAUUUACUAUUUAGAUUUAACAUUUUCAUUUAGUUUUAGAUUAGUGCUGUCAGUUAAACGCGUUAUUACGGCGUUAACGCCAACCCAUUUUAACGGUGUCUUUUUUGUUAUUGCUAGAUUACCGUUCUUUUUUUUCUAGCAAACUUUUUUUUUUUCACGUGCUGUUGCAACAACUAGUAAACGUAAGUAAAACUAUAACACCCACCGGAUCUAGCUAGACCAGAACCACAACAACGGGCACGCCGCACACAUGCCGUCUGGGCUCGUGAGCCGGCCAAAGAGUAGUAACGUUGUGUUCUGAGUGGACGGCGAGCGUGAGACGCUGAAAUGGACGGCGAUAAGAUUCUGGAUUUAAAGUUUCCUUUUUAAAAGUUGCCAGAUGUUCUACUGAUCAGACCAACGGGAUCUGUGGGUUUGGUCGUUGUGAACUGAGCUAUCAUCAUCGCAGCUGAUGCUGAUUUCUAGUGUGUGUGUGUGUGUGUGUGCGUGUGCGUGUCUGUCUGUCUGUCUAUAUAUAUAACAUAAUAUAUGUUUAAAACACUACAGUAGGCUAUAUGCCGAUGUUUUCAAUAAAAAAACAUUUGCACAAAGCAGCUGAGCCACCUUUCAUGUUGAUCAGAGCAUUAAAAUGAGAAAAAAAAUAAUGGGACAAAAAAGAAAUGAAGGGACAUUUACAAUAGAUAAAAAUGUGUGAUUAAUUGUGAUUAAAUAUUUCAAUUGUUUGACAGCACUAGUUUAGAUUUAAACUUUAAAGAUUUAGGUUAAACAUAAAGAUUUAAAUUUAUUGUUUAACUUUUUAUAUUAAUUUUAUGAACAUAUUGUUGACAAUUGCAAAGAGCUUGUUUUACACAAAUUUCUUUCUUAAAUAAAACAAAAAUUUAAAAUGUCCUAAAUGUGAUGAAAAUUAGUUAAAAACCAAACUAUAUCAGCUGUAAAAUUGUAUCUGAAGUUUUACAUUUUACAUUCUAUCGUUCGUAAUUUUCACUUUUUAAAUUUAGUAGUAUUUUUAAUUCUCUUUUUAACUGAGCUGGUAGAUAACAUGUAGGUGUGAGAUUCCUGCUUAGUAUUUACAGUAUGUGCCACUUUAGUGAAAACUUUGAGAAUGUCAUCAGUUAAGACAUUUACACAGUUGCCUACAAGUGAACUAUUCAAUUCAAUUUUAUUUAUAGUAUCAAUUCAUAACAAGAGUUCUCUCGAGACACUUUACAGAUAGAGCAGGUCUAGACCCCACUCCAGAAUUUACAAGGACCCAACAGUUCUAGUAGUUUCCUCCAGAGCAAGCAACAGGGCCACAGUGGAGAGGAAAAACCUCCUUUUAGGCAGAAACCUCGGACAGACCUAGACCCAGACCCAGGCUCUUGGUAGGCGGUGUCUGACGGGCCAGUUGGGAUUAGAGUGAAGAGUGGAAAUAACAAAAAUAGUAGUUUGUAGCAGUUCUUUGUAGUAGUUGAUGGCAUAGCAGGGCACUGUGCGGCAUUACAAGGCCCAGCAGGACGUAGCUGGGCACCGCAGAGUGUAGCAGAUGAACAUGGCACCGCAGAACCAGAACAGAACUGAAGCACUUCCUAGUAUAGGUGUGAAAGUAUGAAGACCAUUUCAAUUUUAACAAAUUUGUGUUCAUUUUGUUUUUCAUAAGAUUUUCAAAUGUGUUGUGAACUCGUGGGCCACCGUACAUGUGACGCUGUUCAUGGUGCCAACUGCAGAACAAGAGCUGCUUGUUUGUACUCAGAUUUUUUUAUUGUGGCAGCUACUGGAUAUUUUGAUGUACAUGAGAGAUGAAAAGAUGUUUGUCAAGUACAAAUACUGGGGAAAAAAGCAACCCUCAGAUCAGUUGUUUUCAGCCGCAUUAGGAGACAUUUUGAGUGGCUCAGUCUUUGUAAACUGACAAAUGACAUUUAUAUUUAUGCUCUAGUUUUUAAAAGUGGCUUGAAAAAUAGCAGAUAUUUGUCUGGCAGCUAUAUUGGGAUUUCUGGAGUGUUUGGUGUUGAGAAACACAUUUGUUUGUUGCUCUGUCAAAGACAUUCCAAAACCUCACUGUCCUUUUUCUAUAAAAUCUCAUGCAAUAAAACCAUUUUUGUUACGGUAUCUUUACUUAAAGACUAUUUUAUAUUAAUGAACGUUCAUUACAUUCAAGCCAUUGCCAAAUGAAUCGCUACAAGGCUGAUUAAGACUAUCAGCUCCACACAACUCUCUCGGUAUUUCUCAGCAUAGCUGUGUUUACAAAAUGGUGUAGUCCGGUAAUUUGCAUCCAGAAGCUUGAGUCAUGCAUGAAAAAGGAAACAACAACAGUCAGCUUUGGGGACGAAGAGGACAUGAUAAGAUAACCCCUUCAUCGUGUUUUUUUCAUACUCCGUGAAGGUGGUGCCUGAUCAGCGGCUUGUAUCAUGUGGACGCGCCAACAUUGUUGUUGUCAUUACUUAGAAUGUGACACAAACCUCACACUAUAGCUUGAAUGAUACAUAUUCAUUACAUGCACACAUUUAAGUACAGCCGUAAGUCUUAUCCGUUUGAAUAAAUGAAAUACUGUAUGAAAUAAGUGGCUUGCACGUGUAGACUUAUAUGUGCCAAAUAUACUUUUGAAGGGGUGCAUUCCAAAAUGGUACAUAUCAAGAGCGCAUUCAAGAUUAAAAAAGCAACCUUAAAGGGAUACUCCAGUGAUUUAACAUUGCGAUUCCGUAAAGCUAGGGAACUCAUAGAAGCCAGAUU